AUGCGGGUUCUAGACCACAAAGCUGAUGUUUCCGUUGCUCCAAGAAACUACCGAGUCGGUCUCCAAGUCGUCCCCCAUGGCGUAAAGCUUCCUCAGAAACAGUGUUGUACCAACCUCGCCGAGAAUGAGAUUGAGAUAUUCUCCAGGGUACAACACCCCCAGCUUGUCAACCUCUUGGGAUUCUAUGUGGACCCUAAGAAUGAUAAACUGCUUGUUGUCGAGUACAUCCCUAAUGGCUCCCUCUAUGUUCUCUUACACUCCAGCUCCAGAUCAACCUCAGGUUGGAGCUGGAGGAUCCGAUUUGCUGUCCAAAUACAGAAAGCGAUCCAAGAAUUUCACUCAUCGAACCUACCAGUGAUUCACCAAGACAUAAAGUCCUCCGCCUUAAUUGACGAGAAUUGGAACGCCAGGCUAGGGGAUUUCGGAUUGGCCCUGAGUGGACUUGUGGAAGCCGUAUGA